AUGAGGCCUAAAAAAUAUUUUUCUUUUAAUUUUUUAUUUAUUUGUUUAAUUUUAUUAAUAUUACCUUUUAAAUCGGUUACUAUUUUUGAUGUUCCUUGCACACAAAAGUUGAUAGGAAAUAAAUGUUUAUUUGACGAAGAAUGUUAUGGAACAAAUACAGUAUGUCGGGAUGGGCGCUGUACUUGCCCAACAAAUUUUGAAGAAUUUGAUUUGGAUGAAACAAAAACUGUUUGUAGACUUGCGCCUAGCAAAAUUGGAGAUAGCUGCCAAAGAGAUUGUAAACCUCCUUUGCUUUGUAGAGAUGGAAAGUGUGAAUGUUGGGGUGGAAGUAUAAUUAAUGGUGUUUGUACUGUCCGUCAGUUAAUUUUUUUUAUUUUUAAAGAAGGAGAUUUGGGGAAUUUCUUACAAUUUUAUCAAUCUUUAGCUUUCUAUAACGAAUAUUUUCAAUUUAUAGCUUGUCCCGCUGGUCAACAACUUUAUGGUGUUGAAUGUACUAGAGUUGCUAGUUGGGGGCAAUCUUGUGAAAAAGAUAUUCAUUGUGUAGAUUCUUUUAAUUCUUGUAUAAAUGGACAAUGUCAAUGCUCGCCUGGUACACACAGAGAUUAUAAUAAAGGAAGAUGUUUUGCUGUUUGCCCUGAUGGAAAUUCGCCAAUCUUAACUUGCCGUCGUUUAUUUAUUAAUGAUGUAGAUAUGCUAGAUAAUGCAGCAACAACAGAUAGUUGUCCAGUUGGCUAUCGUUGUGUUACUUAUGGAAGUCCAUAUAUUGGGCAUUGCUGCAAAAUUUAUUGUCCUUAUGGGGAACCUGAUUUAAAUCAAUCUUGUGAUUCUGGGACUAAUGAAGAAUUAAAGUGUCGUCCACUAACACAUUUUUGUAUGACAUUAAGUGAACCAGGUUGGAAAACCUCUAUUUGUUGUCCAAAACCUUGUAGAGACCCAACACCUGUAUAUCACAAUGGACAAUGUUUAAGUAUUGCACACAGAGAUGAUCCCUGUCAAAAUGAUUUACAAUGUGAAGGUGGAGUUACAAUGUUUUGUAAUUUUGGGCAAUGUGAAUGUAAAAUUGGAUUUCAACCGAAUAAUGAUCAUCGUUUUCCAAGUUGUGAAAAACAUUGUGAAUUAAAUGAGGUUUCAACAAUAGAUCGUUGUUUAAAACGUGCAGCAUUAGGUGAACGUUGUAUAAACAGUAAACAAUGUGGAGAUCCAGCAGCAGAAUGCCGUUUUGGUAUUUGUCAAUGUCUCUGCUCUUUUAAAGCAGCAAAUAUACUUGGAGAACAAAGAUGUUCAAAUCCUGAUGAUCCUUUAGGGUUUGGAAAUAUUUUAACGAGAGUUGAACAAAUAUUUCAAAAUAAACAAAGAGGAUUUAAUGGAAUAAAUGCUUAA